GUGUUUCAAAGGUAUUCGAAUCUUUCACACUCAGUCGUCAUCUUCUUAAUAAAUAAAUGAAACUGGGGACUUCACAGAGGUUGAGCAAGUCCGGCCAUGGCGACGAUUUCUCAUAUCCCUUUCUCUAUUUCCUUCCCAUCCUUGGAAUUUCGGAAACCGUUGUUCUAUUAUCAUCGUCGUCAUCAGCAACCUCAACUUUGUGUUUCCUAUUUGAAUUCCACGAAGAAACAUAGUUUUGUCUGUUUCGCUUGUUCCAUCAAACAACCCAGAGUUCGUAAGAGAGUGAAGAGCAAUGAGGAGCUUCGGAGUGAGAUUAUGGAGUUCGUUGCUUUGGCUGGGCUUCCCGAAGGUCACGUGCCGACCAUGAAGGAGCUUUCGGCACAUGGAAGAGUUGAUCUUGCCAACAUUGUCCGACGAAGAGGAUAUAAGUUUAUCAAGGAACUUCUUGCAAAUUCUGAUGUGGGAGAAGACUGUAAAGAGCUAGUCUCUGAGCAAAACGCCAACUUGGAAACAAGUGCAAGUCGCGUUUCUUUGGAAGAGUCGAUAACAGAAGGUCAGGGCGAAGGAGCAUUGGAUAUGGUUGAAGGAAACUUGUCUACUGAACUACCUUCGAGCAGUCAAAUAUACUUAACUGCAACAGAUGGAAGCAUGCCUCUUGAUCAGGAAAUAAAUAGUUUCGAUGAGAAUGAUGUUGUCUCAAAUUCAAGUACCGAGGCUGAAGAACACGGAAGUUUGAGUAUUGAUGAAUCGUCAUUGGCUGGAGUUUUGAGCUUGGAAAACAAUUUGAAGAUUGAGAGUGUGGAGCUCAACAAUAGAGCUGCCACUGAAAACUCAUCUUCUGAAGCUUCAAUAUCUGCAAACCGUUCCCUAGUUUUAGAUGAUACUUCAACCAGCUGUCCGGACAUAGAAGCUGACAAUGUUCUGAUGACAGAGGAUGAGGAGGUCAAUGAUGUGGAAAAAGAUACCUAUGGUCACUACAACAGUCCUCCAACCUAUGAUCAUUACACCAGUCCUACCUAUACUCAUUACACUAGUCCAGAUCUCAGUAACAUCAAACAUGUUGACAUUGCUUCUGAAUGCUCGUCUGCUUUGACCUCGGAGAACACCAUGUCAAGUGCAGAGAAUUUUCAGAAUCAGCAGGUUGAUGAGAUGACUGGAAAUCUUUCUGGUAGUGCCGAUGAUAGUUUAGUUGAGUCUGAGGAUAAGGAUUGGAUGUUAGAAUUUUCUUCUCCCACUUCAAGCAUAGAAGAAAAAACAAUCAGAUUUAUUCAGAACGGAUACUUGGAUACAGUUGAUUAUGAGGAAAAUGACAUACCUAAUGAAAGCUAUCCUGAAACUGAAGAAAGUGCAGAGACAACCAAAAGUGCUGAGUUCAUAGGAGACAAUCGUGGUGGUCAGGGAAAUGUGAGCACUCCACCAAAUGGAACUGCCCUAGCAUUGGAGGAGUUUACGCAUGCUACAGAAGUUAAUAGCUCUGACAGGAAUAGUGAUCAGAGAGAUGAGAGUGCUGACAUGGAUACGGAUCCACAUGAUGAGACCAGGAAACGGGAAAAUCAGGUUGAAAUUACUCGGCUGAGGUUUAUGCUGAAUCAAAAAGAGCUGGAGCUGUCAAGGUUGAAGGAGCAGAUUGAAAAGGAAAAGCUUUCUCUUUCAGUUCUCCAAAGACGGGCUGAAACAGAGAUCCAAAAGGCCCAAAUGCUUAUCUCAGAGAAGGAAGUUGAAUUGCAAGAAGCUGAGGAAAGUCUUUCAGGAUUGCAAGAGGUUGUGAUAGAAUAUUGCGGAGAUGGUAAUGUUGUGGAAGUGACUGGUAGCUUCAAUGGGUGGCAACACCGAGUGGGAAUGGAACUACAAGCAUCCAAGUCAAUCGGGAAACAGAAAUGCUGGUCGACAUUACUAUGGUUAUAUCCCGGUACAUAUGAGAUAAAGUUCAUUGUGGACGGGCAAUGGAUAACAGAUCCUCAAAAAGAUUCGGUUACAAGAGGACACAUCACAAACAACAUUCUUAAAGUAGAGAGCUGAUGAUCUCUUGCUUUUACUGUUUUCUCGAGUUGAAUUCAUUCCACAUGAGCGGUGUGGGCUUCAACAGGUGAAAGGAGCAGAGCAAAUCGUUUCAAAGUUUUGUUAGCCUCUUCGAUUUCUUUAGUAUACAACGUUUUUACUCUGUACAAAAUUGUAAUUUUAGGUAAAUGAUUAAAUAAUACAUUAUGUCUCAAGGUUCAUGUCCCUUAGAAUGCAACAUGCAUAAUUCUUAACCGUUCAA